AUGAAGCAAUGGGGAAAGUUGGACCGAGCGCUUCUCAGCUUUAAGGUGGGAGUGUGCCCAGAUGACCCAUCAAACGCCGGGCUCAUUCGAAUGGCGAUGAGUGAUGUUGACGAUGCCACUGGCAAACCCUGGUUUCGGAGGAGUCGUCCAGGGGCAAAUGGCAUGUGGCACGCCCAUUUUUGGAAGCGAAUAGUAGGUGGACAGAACUCCAUGAUUGGCCAUUGGCCAUGGCAGGUGGAUCUGCAGCAUGGUGGUCAACACGUCUGUGGAGGGUCUUUGAUAGCGCCAAGCUGGGUGCUAACAGCAGCGCACUGCUUUCCAACGUGUUACGACUACAUCUUGCCAAUCUGCCUGCCGCCGCCCAGUGUUUUCUUCCCUGAAGGCCUCGAUUGUUGGGUCACAGGCUGGGGUGACACCUCUGAGAAUGGGGCUCUUGCCAACACACUGCAGGAUGUCAUGGUGCCUCUUAUCAGCACAUCCACAUGUUCAAGCAUGUACCAGCAGGCAGCGCCACCAUCUCCGUUCCACAGGAUACGUUCUGUGCCGGGUAUCAAAGCGGGCAGAAAGACGCGUGUCAGGGGUGACUCCGGUGGACCCCUCGUUUGCCAGAUGAUGAAUGGAACGUGGGUUCAAGCUGGCAUUGUGAGUUUCGAAGGCUGUGCCCGUCUAAACCUGCCUGGUAUCUACGUGCAGGUGACACAGUACAGCUCCUGGAUUCAAAAUAAUGUGCCCGACCUACAGCUGUACAGCAAGGCAGCCCAGAGGGUGACCAACUGGAUGGCAGUGCUGCUCAACCUUACCCUGACUGCCAUUUUGGUGAACCUGCUCAGAUAGUCCAGAUGAGUGGCUCCACAUUGGUGGUUUCCCAGCAGAGUGUCAACACCUAGAGGACAACUCCUAAGUGGACAAUUUAGAAGUCCUAUCGUAUUUAAGUUGUAACGUCUUCCAAUCCACUCCAAAUCACUGCUUUUACAUUAUACUAUUUCUAAAGGAGCUGGAAGUACAAAUUGAGCCCAGCAAUUUAAUUUUGGCGUCUGAUGAUGAUCUGUUUGGGCUUUGUUAUAGCUGCUGCAAACACAAAGAAAUUAUCAGCCUUUGCACUUCCAGCACUUUCCACUAGAGGGGGUAGUACAGCCAAACCUGGAAUGUACUUGGAAGUUACUCCCCUCUGCCUAAAGUGGAGAGAACCAGUUAAACGCUCCUUGUGACUUCUUCUACCUCUGCUAAAUUGCGAAUUAUAAGUAAGAUGUGGGCAGUUUUAAACUUCCAAACUUUAAACAAUGAAGGUAUUUUUAAAUAAGGAUUUGAUUCUUUUAUAAAUGAGCGUUUUUAUGAAUUAAUGUGAAAAUAUUUUAUUCCAAGUUGU